CUUUAUUAAUGGCUUUCAACUGUCUGUACUUAUAUCUUUUCAUAUAUAUAACGUCCAUGCGAUCUGUAGACUGUAGGCGUACAUUUACUUUAAGCUCUAUAUACCCAGAAUAAAUAUCAAUAUAUAUAUUAUUUUUACAGAAUGUCUGUUAGAUUGUGGUGUUGUAGACCGGUUACACACCUACUCACAGCUCGAACCGUGUGCAUUCAACAUAGUAUGCGACAUGUCUCCAGUGAUGUGCUACCUUCAAAGCCAACGUGGUCGGUACGAGAACUUCUCAGGAAGCGAGACGACGUGGCUGUAGAUAAGAAAGAUAUACUCAAAGCGGCUGCCCUGUGUCAGAUAUCGAUGAGUGACAAACAGCUGAAGACAGUGACCAAGGAAGUGGAAGACCUGCUGCACUUUAUUAAACACGUACAGGAUCAGGACGUUGAGGGAAUCGAACCCACCUACUCGGUGAAAGAUCAGAUUAACAGACCCAGACCAGAUAUGCCUCUGGAGGCCCAGCCAGACCAAGCACACAUCACCAAACAUGCGAAGGAGGUAUGAG